AUGGGCAGACUACAAGACAACCAAUACAAUGCGUUCACGUCAAGAAAAGAUCAGCAAAAGACGAAUCAGAAACAGCGCGAUAAGGACGACUUGACGGCUAGGUUUUGUCCUCCUUUGGAUUCAGCAUUAGUGGAAGCCAUUUGGAACGAUUCACAAAACUAUGAGACGUGUUCUGCGAUACUUGCCGAGUUGGCAAAGGAAGCGGAUCAUGCACAACAAGAUACCAUGGAUUCACCCAGUCAAGUGUCCGAUUUUACAACAGCAGAAGCAGAAGCAGCAGUAGCAGCAGCAGCAGAAGUACAAGAUGCCGGCUUGGAUGAUAAUCUCGAAUUCCUCAUGACCUGCUUUCCAUCAUUGAGCGUGAGCACCUUAUCCAACACGCUUCAUGCACAACAUGACGAUCUUGAAAAAGCGACCGAUAUCCUAUUGAAUGACAUUUUUUUGGAAACCGAUUCACAAGGAUCCGACAGUGGUGCUUCUUUGGAACAUGAUUUUGAUGCUGCCGACAAAAAGAAGAAAAAGAAGAAAAAGCAACCAAAGACGAUUUGGAGUACAACGCAUAGUUUCCACAACCAUCAUCAGCAACACAAUGAUGAAGGAGAGGUGGAGCGUGGUGGUGGUGAUCGUCUUGCUACAGUGCCUUUCAAUUGUUGGCACCAAUAUGACGGCAAAGUCAAGAGCAUCGCCCAAUUCUUCCCCAACAUGCCAAAGCCAAAAAUCCUUGGAUCAGUACAACGAUGUCGUGGCAACAUCAUAGCGUCCGUGCGAGAUUUGAUGAAGGAACAAGGACCCAAUGCACGAAGAUCGUUGAGUUUCUCUUCUUUGAAGGAAUUGGAAAAGUUGGAAAAGACAUUGGCACUCAUGUUGGAGGAUCGAUCGCAAGAAGAGGUCAAACAAAUUGCAACGGGUGUCUUGGUGGAUACAUUGAUACAACAACAAGAAGGCACGGGUCGUGAAUCAGCAUGGACGCAUGACAAAAUGGUGGAUGCAGCGGUGGAUUUUGCCUUGAAAUAUGAUCAACAACAACAUGAUUUGCAAGAGCGUCUCAAACAGCAGGAGAUGGCACGUAAAGCAGCAGCAGCGGCAGUAGCAGCUCAAGAGUUACCUGUGGUACCAGAAUAUUUAAGGAUCGACAAUGGACAAAGCUAUGUGGAUGAUGAUCCGGAAGAGUGCAGAGAUAUGGCAAUGCAAUUGAUCGUGAAUCGCAAUCAGUUGUUUAUGAAGGCAGCUGAAGCUUAUCGCCAAACAAAGAACAAGGGCCCUGGUGAAUCUGGAGUUGCAUUCUAUUAUUCAGAUGAAGCACGCAAAUUGGAUAAUAGAGCCCGAGAAUGGAAUAUGAGAGCUGCAAGGGCAUUGGUCAGGCAUGAACGGAUAGCUCAAAGCGAUGAUCAUCUUUUGGAUCUACAUGGUCUCACGGUUGAAGAAGCUCGUGUAUUACUCAAGGAAGGUGUCACCCAAUGGUGGUCAAGGAGUCAAAUGCAAAUAGGACGACGUGGUAUACGGCCUUUAAAGAUCAUCACUGGUGCAGGAAAGCAUUCAGCUUAUGGAGAAGCCAAGUUGAUGCCUAGUGCUCUUAAGCUAUUGAAACAAGAGGGAUGGCGGUAUGAACUUCCACACCCUGGUUGCAUCCUUGUGAAAGGCGUGAACAAGUAG